GUGAACAAUAGAUAGCAUAUUAAGUGGUGACGACAAUUCCAACAGUUUAGGACAAUUAGAGCAAAAUACAGCGUACAAAUUUCAAAAGAAGAUAUUUAAUACACAUGAUAAAAAACGGACAGAGAAGAUACUCGUUACUCAGGGUCUAAGAUUAAAGAUGUAACACGUGAAACGAAAAAAAAUUAAUACUUUAUAUUAUUAAUAAAGUCAAAAGUAAUAAGCCAAUCAACUGCGAGAAUAGUAGAACCGCGAAAAAUUAAAUCUACUAAUCAUAUUCAUAUUAUAAUAUAUAACCACAAAAACAAAAAUGAAGUUCGCUGAACAUCUAUCCGCUCAUAUUACUCCUGAGUGGCGUAAACAGUACAUAAGUUAUGAGGAAAUGAAAGCGAUGCUUUAUACAGCAGUGGAGGAAGCACCUUCUUCAGAAAGUGUAGAACCAGAAGUGAUACAAAGGCACUUUGCUUCCUUUGAUGAAGUAUUUUUCACAUUUUGUGAUCGUGAAUUAAAAAAGAUCAAUACUUUCUAUUCUGAAAAGUUAGCGGAAGCUACACGUAAAUACGCUGCAUUACUAAACGAAUUAAAAACAGCCUUAGAAUUACAGCAGGGCACUGGAAAAAAUAAAGGAAAAUCUAAUUCCAGAUUGCAUCUACCGACGAGAAAAUUACGAGAAUUGAAACUUGCAUUUUCAGAGUUUUAUCUUUCUCUCAUACUUUUGCAAAACUAUCAAAAUCUUAAUUAUACUGGCUUUCGUAAAAUUCUUAAAAAACACGACAAGUUAUUGUCUGUGGAGAGUGGAUCAAAAUGGAGAGUAGAAUGCGUAGAAAUAGCUCAUUUCUAUACUUCGAAAGAUAUAGACAAGCUUAUACAAGAAACAGAGGCAACUGUAACGAAUGAUCUUGAAGGUGGAGAUAGACAACGUGCUAUGAAAAGACUUCGUGUACCACCUCUUGGAGAACAUCAGAGCCCAUGGACUACUUUCAAAGUGGGAUUAUUUUCUGGAAGUUUUAUAAUUUUGUUUAUUACUGUUAUUCUCUCAGGAGUAUUUCAUGAAAGUGGAGAAAAUUUAAAAAUAGCCUUUCGUUUGUACAGAGGACCAAUGCUUAUCAUUGAAUUUUUAUUUCUAAUUGGCGUUAACGUUUAUGGUUGGAGAUCUUCUGGAGUAAAUCAUGUAUUAAUAUUUGAAUUAGAUCCACGAAAUCAUCUAUCCGAACAACAUCUUAUGGAAUUGUCGGCAGUCCUCGGAGUAGUAUGGGCAUUAAGUCUAUUAAGUUUCCUUUAUAGUGCUAGUCUCAGUAUUCCACCUUACGUAAAUCCCUUAGCUCUUGUUUGUCUUAUGUUGAUAUUUUUUCUCAAUCCAUUAAGAAUCUUCCAUCACGAAGCACGCUUUUGGUUACUGAAAAUCAUUGGUCGUGUUUUGGUGUCUCCAUUCGCGUAUGUUAAUUUCGCAGAUUUCUGGUUGGCCGAUCAAUUAAAUAGUUUAACUACUGCUUUAUUGGAUUUUCAAUUUUUAACAUGUUUUUACAUUACGAAUGGUAAUUGGUUCGAUGUAGGAAACACAAAACAAUGUACAUCAGGAUCUUUGAUCAUCAGACCUAUUGUUAAUUGUUUACCAGCUUGGUUUCGUUUUGCUCAAUGUUUACGAAGAUAUCGUGAUUCUAAAGAAGCAUUUCCACAUUUAGCAAAUGCUGGAAAAUAUUCUACUACCUUUCUAGUUGUUAUAACUAAUACUUUGUAUAAUUAUCAUCGAGAUGAAUAUUUUAAUCAAUGGGAAAAUCCAUGGUUAUGGUCGUGGGUAACAAGUUGCAUAGUUAAUUCAGUAUAUUCUUACACUUGGGAUUUAAAAAUGGAUUGGGGACUUUUGGAUAGUAACGCCGGUGAAAAUAAAUUUUUAAGAGAAGAAGUUGUCUAUUCUGCAGCGGGAUUUUAUUAUUUUGCGAUAAUAGAAGAUUUUAUAUUAAGAUUCAUAUGGGUUGCAAGUUUCAUUUUAGUACAGUGCAAAUAUAUUUCCAACGACAUGAUAACAUCUAUUGUUGCACCUCUUGAAGUAUUUAGGCGUUUUAUUUGGAAUUUCUUUCGAUUGGAGAACGAACACUUAAACAAUUGCGGUAAAUUUCGUGCGGUACGGGACAUUUCCAUAGCACCGAUCGAAAGUUCUGAUCAAACGCAAAUUCUUCGUAUGAUGGACGAUGAAAAUGGUGUAUUGAAUAGAGGUAAACGUAAAGGUGGUGGUAAAAAGCAAGGAAAUACGAAGGAAGAUAAAAGAGCGUUACUCAAAGAGGAAACUAUUGAUAUUGAUAUAUCGAAUGCUAGUUGAGAAUUACAUCAACGAGACUUAUAAAAAAACAAUCAAAAUAUACAUAUAUAUAUAUACAUAUAGUUGGAUAGAAUAUUGUGUAUGCAUCUAAGAGUAGUUAGAAUUUGACCAAGUUUUUUUCAACUUUAAAUAAUGAGGUAGUAUUAAUCGAAUUUAGUGUAAAAACCUUAUAUCUGUGGUAUAAUAGGUGUCCUGUAAUUUUUAUAUAGGACACCCUGUAUAAAUAACUUAUAGUUAGUGAUAACAAAAGUGAUGCGUGUUAUCUGGCUUUUGUAUUAUCUCUUGAAAGUACUCUCAUUCAUAAUGUAAAUAUUUAUUAGAAUAUGAUAUACUAUUUUUGAAUGGAGAGUCUUUCGUUACAUAAAAAUUUAUAAGGCUUUUAAGAACAUGAUGCAUUUAUAUUCAUUUUUCUUUGUAGUUUCCAUUUAGAGAGUAUGAUUUACUAUAUUUAUGUAUAUAAUGCAUAUAAGUAGCAUCAAAAUAUAAAUGCGUUAUUGUAUUAGUGCUAAAAAAAUGAGGCUCAUUCCAAAUUAGUGCGUUCCACGUCUUUUUUUUUUUCAUAUUAGUUAUA